AUGGCUGAUCAUGGUGUCAUUGGAGCCGCGAUGGCAGCACCGAUUUGCGGUGAGCAUACUAUUUUGAAGCUCCGUCCUGGAGGACCUCCUGCGGUCCGCACACCCAAAUUUUUGGACGGUCUCCCGACCAAUAACUGGGAUCAAGCGGUGCGAGCUCAAAACAGUGCUCUUUUGCACGAUCGCACGAGGGAAAUUCUCUCUCGGGUCAGUGCAGGGCAUGGCUUGGUGUUGCUGGAAAACCCAGUCACUUCGAUGACUUUGAUGACUUUCCAAGACCCCUUGAUGCAAAGCUGGAUGCUUGCGGAGGCCCCCUUUGCUGCUCAGGUGGCGGCAUGCCAGUUCGGUCUCUCCUGGUACAAAAGGUGGCUUUUUGUGUCGAACCGUGCUGAGGUUCUUGAACUUGCCUCCUGUUGUCAACAUGGUCCCGCUGCGCAUUAUUCGCUUCUUGGAUUGCGGGACUCGUCUGGACAGUGCGUCAGUCGACUUUCGGCUGAGUAUCCUAAAGGUCUGGCUUGCAAAAUUGCGCAUGUAGUUCAAAAGUUCAUUUCGUGCCAUGAUAGAUUCAUGCGCUUGCAGGAUUGGCGCUGUUUGCUUCACCCGUCUCCAUGCUGGCAUCUUCCGGCUGUUCGGGUCGAGGACGGUGCCGGUUUGCACAGCACUGCGGCCUGGUUGCAGCCGCAAGCCCCUGAUCGUCUCGCCAAGCUCCGGGAAAGAUGGUCGCGACGACUGUUUGAGGACAAGUUGUGCUUGCGCUUGGCAUGCUCUCUGCAGAGUUCACCCGAUCAGCCUCCCCUGUCUGAGUCGGAUCUUGAUCCUUUUGUGCAAGAUGCUCUGGACGUGCUGGGGGUUUCGACCAGCGACCGCUCAGCAGUUCUUUCCAUCACUCCUGGCCAACCCUUGCGAUUGCAUCUGUUGCAAGCCUUGCUUGAGUGUCUUGGCGAUUCUGAAGCUGCCAUGUGUGAGGACUUGCGGACAGGGGUACGCGUAGGUGUCGGUGUGGACAUCACACCUUCUGAUCAUUGGCCCUCCCGCGACUGGGCUCCUGUCAUCCCAGAUUUGCAAGUCUGCGAGGGAUCUUGGCUGUCUGCAUCGUCUCAUCCGAGUCAGGUGAACGAGUUGCUCGCGGAAGAGCUCGCUGCAGGUUGGAUCGAGGAAUUUUCCUCCCUCGAAGACAUCCGCACUCGGUACCCCACAGUUGCAUGUGGUCGCCUUGGCCUGGUGCUUGCCGAAGGGCGUUCCCCUCGCCUCGUCGUGGACUCCAGCAUCAGCGGUGUUACCGAAGCCUGCUUCAUCCCUAAUCGCAUGCUUCUCCCGCGCAUUGCUGACAUUGCUCUGUGUGCUCCGGUGCAGUGUGUGCAGGAGGAUUGGGUUCUGGUGUCCCUCGAUGUUCGUAAAGCUCAUCGAUUGGUGCUCAUCCACCCGGAUGAUCAAGGGCUCCUUUGCUUUUCCUUUGAGGGCCGUUUUUUCGUCUCCAAGACUCUGAACUUCGGUGCCCGCGCUUCAGCCUUUUGGUGGGGUCGUUUGGCUGGAGCUCUGAUGAGAAUCACACAUAGCCUGAUUUUCUUGCCCCAUUUUCUUUGGGAUUAUGUGGACGAUUUUUUGGGUGCUUUUCGCAAGGCUACCGCGCCACUUCAGGUGGGUUUAUGGGUCGUCCUGUUCCUUGUGCUUCGAGUGCCCAUCAGCUGGCACAAGUGUGCUUGGAAUUCCCGGGUAAAAUGGAUAGGCUGGGACAUCUGCGUUUCCUCUUGGACAGUCUCGCUCCCUGCAAGCGGUGUCGGCUUUUGCAGGGCUUGGAUGAGGUGUUGA